UCUCCUCUCCCUCUUUUAGUCUCUUAAUCGUGUUUUGGCCACUGGGGAAGUCUCUCAUCGACGAUUCCUUCUCGUGAACCGUUUGAGGAUUGAAAUCGGGAUUUUUCUUUGAUUUAGUUUUUGAGUCCAUCAAGAUCAAGUGAAGGAUCUCGCCGUGCUAGGUUACGGAUUGAGCAUAUUCAUUAUUUCUGCGUUGGCCAUGCGAGUGCUGAAGAAAGUGAAGUUAAAAUUGUUCUCUUGGUUUAUUUUCAGCCGGUGAGGAUGUCUACUCCUGCAAGGAAGAGACUGAUGAGAGAUUUCAAGAGGUUGCAGCUAGAUCCACCUGCUGGCAUCAGUGGUGCUCCCCAAGACAAUAAUAUCAUGCUAUGGAAUGCUGUUAUAUUCGGGCCAGAUGAUACACCUUGGGAUGGAGGUACGUUCAAACUUACCCUUCAGUUCACUGAGGAUUAUCCAAAUAAGCCACCGACAGUCCGCUUUGUUUCUAGAAUGUUCCACCCUAACAUUUAUGCCGAUGGUAGCAUUUGUUUGGACAUUCUGCAAAAUCAGUGGAGCCCAAUAUAUGACGUAGCCGCUAUACUCACCUCUAUUCAGUCGCUGCUUUGCGACCCCAAUCCAAACUCUCCUGCUAAUUCUGAAGCUGCUAGGAUGUUUAGCGAGAACAAGCGUGAGUACAACAGGCGAGUUCGUGAAAUUGUGGAACAGAGCUGGACUGCUGAUUAGCCACAAAAUGGUUGUAGGCGAACAAAACAGAAAAGAUGGUCGAUUGGCUUGUUUGCAUGAUAUUGUGUACCUGGGAAGAAAACUGAUUUGUUUUGUAAUUUGCGUAUUAUGUGAUAUGCUUGCUUGGUUUAUUAAGAUGAACUGCUUUAGUCUAUUUCAAUUUGUCU